AUGACCAAGUUCGUGUUAACGGCCGCUAUGGUCGGCUCGACCGUAGUGAUCAUGGCCUGCUUGUUUUCGGCGGUAGUCAUCUUCAACGACAUCAACAACCUCUACAGUGACAUUAUGACUGACAUGGGAGAAUUUAAAGUUGUUUCAAACGAGGCCUGGAGCGGAGUCAUCGCAAUUUCCAAGCCACGACCAGCCUCCAGCGCCCUGCAAUUGGAGCGCCCAAGAACGUUCCAGCAGUUGAUUGGACGUUCCAAACGUAACGCGCAAUGCUCGUGCGCCCCGCAAAAAAGCAAAUGCCCUCCGGGCCCGCCAGGACCACCAGGAGAGCGAGGAGACCAAGGAGAGCCCGGUCCAAACGGAGUCGAUGGCAAAGCCGGCGGCCCUGGAGAGCCAAUUAUCAAAUCUUCUUCGGAGACGCCUCAAGAUUGCAUCGCCUGCCCACCGGGCCCUCCAGGAAAGCCCGGUAGACCCGGACCAGUUGGAGAGAAAGGACCUCCAGGCUACAAAGGUCUGCCCGGGUAUCCGGGAGAGGACGGAUUCCCCGGCCCACGAGGACCCCCCGGAGAUCAAGGAGAGCCCGGCGAGCCAGGCAAGGAAGGCCGCGCCGGAUUCCCCGGACUGGAUGGACAUAAGAAUGCUCCUGCCAUUCCUGGACCAAAGGGAGCUCCAGGACAUCGUGGACCGGCUGGAGAGCCAGGACCACCAGGAGAGGUUACAGAAGGCGCCCCAGGAGAAGACGGAGAGCCCGGACCUGAGGGAGAACCCGGAACACCCGGUAAAGAUGGAACUCCAGGAGAGGAGGGAAUCAAGGGAAGACCAGGACAAGACGCGGCUUACUGUCCAUGCCCUGAGAAGUCAAACCCAUGGCCUGCAGCUCCUCCGGCCUUCUCACCAAAGAAGAAACCCGAGCCGGUCGCUGCCAAACCUGCAAGCCAAGAAGCUCCUGUCGCUUCAACAUCUACUCCGGCUGCUUCAAAGCCAGCUCCAACUAGUGCUCCGGCUGCCCCAGCUGCCGCUACUGGCUACAACGCUCCUCCACAGCCAGCUGCCGCUCAAGGAUAUGAUGGCCCGGCCGCUCCCGUGAGCGCUGCUCCAGUUACUAACAAGCCUAGUGCUAGCGGCUCAGCUCAAGGUGGAUAUGAUGCCACGCCACUACCCGCAGCGUCAGUUCAGAAUUCUUUCGGCGCUUUCCCAACCUCCGCUCCAAUCCCGGCGUUCAAUAAUGCUCCAUCAACAGCCGCCACACAAGCACCUGUUGCUCCAGUCACAACACGAGCUCCCGCACCGGCUCCAGCAGCCACCACAUCGCCAGUUCCUCCUCCAGCAGCCCCCGUAACAGCGCCAGUUUCUGCUCCAGCCCCUUAUGCCGCUGUGACGGCCGCUCCGGCAGCUCAAGGUUACGACCAACCCGCUUAUGUUGCUCCGGCCGCCCCAACCAAAGCCCCAACGGGUCCAGUCGUUGAGUCGAGCGUCGAUUUCGACGAAGCCCCAACUCCGGCCCCCAAGAAGCCUCGCCGCAAGCUGAAGCAACGGCCGGACGGCCAACAACCCGGCUAUGGUCCUGAGCUGAAAAACCAGGGCCCUGCGUCGCCUCAGGAUCUCGGCUUCGGAGCCGCUGGAGUGCCCAAAAGCAGCGCCCCGGUGAACACGGUGGGAUAUGUGGGAGACAUGCGAAGACGACGACGACUGAAGAAGACCCGCAAGAUCAAGGUCUAA